AUGAAUAAUAGUAGCAACAAUGUCAAUCCAAAAAUAAAUUAUAGUGGCGAUAAUCUAAUCAAACCCGAUAUUGAUAAUAAUAAUAAUAAUAAUAAUAAUAAUAAUAAUAAUAAUAAUAAUAAUAAUAAUAAUAAUAAUAAUAAUAAUAAAGAUACCACUGGUCUCGUUGAUAAUGAUGGUAAAUUUAAUAUAAUGAAAGAAUUGGAAUUUGAAGAUUCAUCAACAACAACAACAACAACAACAACAACAACAGCAACAGCAAUAACAACAACAACAGAGGGUAGUAAUAAUAGUAAUCAAAAUAGUAAUAGUAAUUUUAAUAAAACUUCACCAACUUUAUUAUCACCCAAAUAUUCUAACGAUUCAACAAUUAAUAGUCCGAGAAGUAUUGACAACAAUCCAAAUAAAUCACCAAAAGAAUCAAAUAAUAAAAAUACAAGUUUAUUCUCGACAUUAGGUGAUUCAUUAUCUUCAUUAUUUAGAGGUAAUAAUAACAAUAACAAUAACAAUAACAACAACAACAAUAAUAAUAGUAAUAAUAACAAUAGCAAUAAUAGUGUAAAUAAUAAUAAUAAUAAUAAUAAUAUAAGAAAUCCUUAUGGGCCAGCAUUUUCACCUGUAAUGUCACCAAUUCAAUCGCCACAAUCAUCACAAAGAUUUAAUCAUACAAGUUCAAAUAGUAAUAGCAUAAGUGGUAUUAAUGGAUAUUAUAAUGAUAAUAGUUUGAAUGGAGGAGGUGGUGGUGGUGGUGGAGGGGGAGGUGGCGGUGGUGGAACACCAUUUGGUACUGCUAACAGUACUUUGAAAUUAGCAACACCUGGUGGUGAAAAUACAAUAUCACCACAAACAUCUUUACAUUAUAGUCAUGGAUUUAUGAAUGCGCCAGUAAUUGAUGAUUUUAUAGUUUUAUCAGAAUUUAGUGAACAAGCUGGACCAAUAGCGUUGAAUUUAGUACCAACAGAAUUCCAUUUUGGUAUGUUGGAUUUCGAUUUAUCAAAAUAUGUUGUCAAAGUGAUGUCAGUAGAUUUUCAAAAUAAAACAAAUGAUUUAAAAACUUAUACAAAAGAUUCUCAAAUGUUUUUCACUUUACCUUCAAAUUAUAGAAGUGAAAUUUAUGCCUAUGUUCAUCACUUUUCAUUAUUUGAUAUAAACGCUCGUGGUUAUGUUAGACCAUGUGUAAUAAGUUAUAUUACAAAGAAUCCAUACAAGGUUAUUAAAUAUUUCGAUAAAUUUAUUCAACAAUUUAAUCAUUUAACUUCAGUUUUAAAACAAAAGAAUCAUGUUUUAUUUGAAGUAGAAUAUAAACAACGUCAAAAAGAUUUAGAAUUUACAUAUAUUCAUUAUAAAAAAGAAAAAGAAAAAGAAAAAGAAAGAGAAAAAGAAAAAGAAAGAGAAAAAGAAAAUGAAAAUGAAAAUGAAAAUGAAAAUGAAAAUGAAAAUGAAAAUGGAAAUGAAAAUGAAAAUGAAAAUGAAAAUGAAAAUGAAAAUGAAAAUGAAAAUGAAAAUGAAAAUGGAAAUGAAAAUGGAAAUGAAAAUGGAAAUGGAAAAGAAAAUGGAAAUGGAAAGGAACAAGAAACAAAAGAAAUAAAGGAUGAAGAAGAAACAAAAGAUAAAACUAAUCCUUUAUCAAAAUCAGGUGAAAUGGAAAAUAUUAACAGUUACUCCGAUCAAGAUGAUAAUAAUAAUAAUAAAGAGGAAUUUACAAAUUCAUAUGGUGAUUAUUAUGAAGAAUAUGAUAUUUUUUCAUCUGUCAAUGACGCACUAUGUGAAUUACAAUCAAUUGAGUUGUUAUUUGAAAAUGAAAGAAAGAUACAAUCGGCACCAAAUUAUAGGGAGAAACCAAUACCACCACAUUUGGAAUCUUCUAUGGGCACCAUUUAUUUUUCAGAUACAGUUUUACUUAGUACAGAACCAAAAUUAAUCGAUACUCUAAAUAAAACAGGUCAUUUAGAUAAACCAUUAAGACAUAUCAGUGAAUUAUGUCCUGAUGUUUUCGAAAAAUUCCUUCAUAAACUUGAGCAAUCCUAUAAAUAUUUCUCAAGAUCACCACUUCAAAUGGAAUUUGAUAUUCUAGAUCCACAAGUUUUAACUCCACCUUCAUUAUUAUUAACAAUAGGUCAAACUUCAAUUUUAAAUUUUUCAUUUGAAUCAGAGAAAAAGAAUAGUAAUUCAAGACCAUCACAAUUAAAGGAUACUCAAAAAAUUAACAAAUCUCAUAAUAAAAAUAUUACUAAAGCAUCAUCAUCCCAACAUAACUCAUUAAGUUCAUAUUCUUCUGAUCCAAGCUCUUAUUUAUCUGUUUAUUCCUCAAAUUCAUUUUUUAAUCCUUUUAAUAGUAGAACAUCAUUAAUAAAUUCAAUGUUUAAUAACAAUAGUAUUAAUGAUAUUGAUAAAACAAAUAAUAAUAAUAAUAAUAAUAAUAAUAAUAAUAAUAAUAAUAAUAAUAAUAAUAAUAAUAAUAAUAAUAAUAAUAAUAAUAAUAAUAAUAAUAAUAAUAAUAAUAAUAAUAAUAAUAAUAAUAAUAAUAAUAUUACUAUUAGUGGUCUAAAUGUAGAAAAUGAGUUAUUAUUAGCCACUACUAUCCAAAAUAUGUUUGGUCCAAAUGCUUUAAAUAACAAUAAUAAUAAUAAUAUUAAUAAUAAUAAUAAUAAUAAUAAUAAUAACAAUAACAAUAUUAAUAAUAACAAUAAUAGGAAUAAUUUUGGUAGUUUAACUCCACCACCAGAAUUAUUAAGUGACGAUAAUAAUGGUAAACUUAAAUUAAAAUCAUUUUCAGAUUAUUUGUGGGGAACCAAUAAAGAUUUAAUAUAUGGUAGAGAUUUAAAAAAAAUAUUAACUAAAUAUGUUUGGUUAAGACAUGCCGUUUAUUCUCUAUUAAAAGGUAGACCAGUUGUAAUUUUAGGUUCACAAGAUAAGGAACAAUUAAUUAUUUCAAUGACAUAUGCACUUAGUAUUUUUGUAGUUGGUCUAACUACAAAGUCAAAGAUUGCAUUUGAUCCAUGGAAAACUUCACCACUAACACUUUCAGAUCUUUCCUCAUUGAAAUUAAUUGGUAUGCCUAAAGUAUUAUCAAAAUCUCCAUUAAUCCCAAUUAAUGUUGCUAAUUAUGUUUCUAAAAUUGAUUUAGAUACAGAAGAGUAUCAUGGUGUAUUAUAUAGUCAAGCAAAUGGUUUAGUGGAUGAAAUUUUAGGUCAAAAGAAAGUAUGGUAUAACGAAAGUAUUUUUACUGGACAUGUUGAAGAUCAACUCUAUGAAUUGGCAUUAAAGAGUUUUUAUUAUCAUCAUUUAUGUUGUGUAGAGAUAACUUCAUCAGCUCUACCACCUCAACAUCCUUCUUCACCAUCUCUUUUCAAUGCAAAUAGAAACAAUAGUAAUUUAAAUUCAAGCUUAAGUAGUACAAAUAAUAAUUAUUCCCCAAGAUCAAUAAAUAGUGCUAAUAGUAUCAAUAGUAAAAAUAAUUAUAUGAAAGAUUCAACAAAUAUCGCUAAUAUUAAUAACAACAAUAAUAAUAAUAAUAAUAAUAAUAAUAAUAAUAAUAAUAAUAAUAAUAAUAAUAAUAUUAAUAAUAAUAAUAAUAAUAAUAAUAAUAAUAAUAAUAAUAAUAAUAAUAAUAAUAAUAAUAAUAAUAAUAAUAAUAAUAAUUUAUCUUUAUCAGAAUCAUUAUUACCAAAUUUUAAUAAUGGUGAUAAUUCACCAAUUGGCAGUAAUAGUAUUAAUAACUUAAAUGCUCACAUAAAACAUACUUUGCUUCAAUAUCAACAAUAUCAAAGAGAACAACAUGUUUCAAAGUCUGGUAAUAUUCAAAAGAAAUCAAAUGCAUUAAAAGCUCAAAGAUCAAUGUCUGAAUCUCAUAUUAAAUAUAAUUUACCUCAUAAUCAACAACAACAACAACAACAACAACAACAACAACAGCAACAGCAACAACAACAACAACAACAGCACCAACAACAACAACAACAGCACCAACAACAACAACAAACUCAAAGAGAUCGUGGUGUUGGUAAUUAUUCAUCUGUAAACAACAAUAAUAAUUAUUUUAGUAAAUCAUCGAAUCCAUCAUCACCUUCAUCAUCACCAUAUCAAACAUUUGAUAGACCUAUGUUAGUAACAGUUCAACCAACAGAUCCAAAAUCAUUAUUCAAACGUUGGGAGAUUAACAAUAUACAUGAUCAAAUAAUUAUUGAAUAUUUAUCUGAAGUGGUAAAAGAUCAACAAUAUUAUGAAGCUCAUAUAACAAAUGAAAUUGAAAUAGCUCCUAUCAUUAAAUUAGAUUAUACCCCAAUAUCUAUUGUAAAAAAUAAAAAAUAA